AUGUUCCAUAUUAAUUGUGUCGUUUUAACCUUAUUAACAGUGUUUUUAUGGCAAAGUAAUGGGAUAAAUGCCAAAUCAUCUUUGAAUAUAGAUGCUAACGAAAUAGAUUGUGAUAUAUGUAUGGGAGUAUAUAAAGAAAAUGCUUAUAGAAAAACUAUGUUCAUUACCCGGGAUUAUGACAAGAAGAUGUAUUCAUUGGGGAUAUCAUCAAGCAGACGAAAUAGUCUUUCAUUUCAUAAAACAAAGUUCAUCAAAACCAUGCAAGUAUCUUUCACUGUGUCCAAGGAAUAUUUCUCAAAGGUUAACGGGUUGAGUACAAUUGGAGUCACCUUAUCCUACACUGUCAAGGAUGUGGAUAUGUCGAACAUAGAAGAAUCGGUUAAUUACCAUUCAAACGACAAUUCCACUUGUUCUAUGUGUAUACAAUAUAUUACCAAAUGGCAAACAUAUUUAAACUCAACUUCAGUGGAUGAACAGAUUGAAAAAUAUAUUAAAUCAACUUGUGCAUUUUAUUUAUUUUUCAGACAUCAGUGUGAGAAGAUGAUGGAAAGAUGUUUGAAUAAAACAAUCCAUAUUAUAGAACAAACCAAUGCUACAACAUUAUGCAAAUUCACUCCUUUCUGUUAA